GAAUUCUCUAACUGCACAAUUUCCUCUUGCAAGAUUGGAAGGUACCAUAAAUCCUAAGUUUGCUGAAACAUUGGAGGCACAACUCCAUGCUCGUGAAAGAGUACAACCAUCUUAAUCCCCUCCACUUUAUGAAAAAGCUAAGACAAUCACUUGUUUUGGGGGAAAGUGAAACAUAUGGUGGUUUUGAUGACCCCAUGGAUGGAAACGAGGAUCAUGAAUUUGAGAAUGACCUCCCUGAUUUUGAGCAAGCAGAGAAUAUCUACAUGGAUGCAGAAGUGCGUUUGCCCCAUGAAAAGCACAAUGACGAUAGUACGAGUUUUGAUUGCAAUGGAGCCUUUGGACAGGAGGAUCCGAAUUCACAAGCAAGCCUGGAAGAUCUUUGUCGCUCACAUCUUGUAAAGACAUGUUUCCUAGGAUACUUUUUACAUUCGUUUUAUGUGCAUUACACUAUCUGUCAUUAUGUUCUGUUGUGGAAGCCAUUGAUUCGUGUUUCUACAUGA